AUGGAAUCUGUAGACUUGAUUCCGCUGAUUGAGCAACUGGACGAUAAUGUCGAUGAUCUCGAAGAGGCCCUUGCGCCGAUUCUGGAGAGCACUGUCGUUGAAUCUUCCAAGAAGCUGCCGGUUCUAGACAAAGCGAAGUUUCAUGUCUUGAUUACUUAUGCUUUGGAGUCACUGAUAUUCUCGUAUUUGCGCCUACACGGUGUAAAAGCUACAGAGCAUCCGGUUUUCAGAGAACUAACCAGAGUGAGACAAUAUUUCGACAAGAUAAAGUCGCUGGAGACGGAUCCAGAGCAAAGGACUAUGGUGCUUGAUAAACAAGCUGCCGGGCGUUUUAUUAAACAUGGGCUUGCCGGAAACGAGAAAUUUGAUUUGCAACGGGAGGAGCAAAUGGCCAAGGAGAAAGCUCGCGCGCAACUGAAAGCAUCACUCUUAGCUAAGAAAGCAGGCGCCACGCCCGAGGCAUCGUCCAAAGUUGCUUCAGGCGAUUCCGAAGAUUCCGACGCCAACCCCAACACCGGACCUGCGAGCGGUGUCGAGGAGACCGAUGCCUCACAAAGUAUGAAAACUUCCGACAAGGAUGCUGGCCGUGCUCGGAAACACAAGAAUAGCAAAACUAAGUCCGGUGCAAAAGAUGGCAAACACAAAAAGGGUCGCAGUAAGGAAGAACGCAGGGAGCGCCGCAAUGAGAGAAGGAAAAAGAAGGAUGAAUCGAGGAAAGCGAGAAAGGAAACAUGA